AUGAGCAACAAUAUCAGUGGUGGAGGCCGUGGCCGCAAUAUGAUGUCCUCAGUGGACUUUUACCGCCGAGUCCCCAAGGAUUUGACCGAGGCCACAACUCUCGGAGCCGCCAUGUCUCUCUGCGCCAUUGCCAUUAUGGCCAUUUUGUUUUUGAGUGAAACUGCCGCCUUUGCUCGGACACGAAUCGUUACUUCCAUCAGUCUGGAUGAGAAUACAGCCCCACAGAUACGACUGAACUUUAAUAUAACCAUGAUGGAUUUGCACUGCGAUUAUGUGAGCGUGGAUGUCUGGGACGCGCUGGGGACCAACCGCCAAAACGUGACGAAAAAUGUGGAGAAGUGGCAAAUUACCGAAUCGGGAGAGCGACAAUACAGUGGGCGUAAUCGUGAACAACGAGAAGUGACACAUGAGGAACAUGAUCGUACCUUGGAGGAAAUGCACGCCGAAGAUGGAGUGCACGCUCUGGAACUUACCGAACAAAAUUUCAACCAGUUUCUGGCUGAAAAUGAAAUGGCAUUUGUGGAUCUCUUCGCUCCAUGGUGUGUAUGGUGCCAAAGAUUGGCGCCAACUUGGGAAAAGUUUGCACAAGAAGUGAAGAAGUUGAAGAUGCCAGUCGGUGUCGGAAAGGUGGAUUGUAUGGCACAAGCUAAUUUAUGUCGGGCCCAAAAGGUCAUGGCCUUUCCGACCAUUCGUUGGUACCACCUUGGAAAACCCAUUAGUCCCGAGUACAAAAUGGACCGAACAGUGCAGGCUUUGGUCGGAUUUUCGAAGCGAAAACUGGAAAUGGACGAAAAGUACAAGGAAUGGGAAGACAAGGCGGUCGACACAUCGGACGAGGAAAAGAAUGAAAAGCGAAAACUCUUUCAAGCUCACCGUCCCGAGCAUCCUGGUUGUCAAGUCAGUGGAUUCCUCAUGGUGAACAGAGUUCCCGGUAACUUUCACAUUGAGGCCAAAUCCAAGAACCACAACUUGAACUCGGCCAUGACCAACUUGACGCACAUUGUCAACCACUUGAGUUUCGGAGAUCCCAUGGAUCGACAAUCGCGCCGCACCAAGAGAAUAUUGAAACAAGUUCCAGAAGAGCAUCGUCAAUUUUCUCCCAUGGAUGGAUCACCCUAUUAUACCAAGGACUUUCAUCAGGCCCACCACCAUUACAUCAAGGUGGUUUCGACACACUUGAACAUGGGAAAUUCCAAAUCCAAUCAGCUCAUUACUUAUCAAUUCUUGGAGCAAUCGCAAAUUGUCUAUUACGAAACGAACAAUGUCCCAGAAGCCCGAUUUUCCUACGAUCUGAGUCCCAUGAGUGUAGUGGUCGAAAAGGAGGGACGCAAGUGGUACGACUACUUGACCAGUUUAUGCGCUAUCAUUGGAGGAACCUUUACGACUUUGGGAUUGAUCGAUGCUGUCCUGUACAAGGUUCUCAAACCAAAAAAGUUAUAG